GUUGACUGUAAAAAUGUACGUUUAUUGAGUUCGUUUGUGAUUUUGAACUGUUUUCAAGGCAAUUUUAUGUUUUGUCAUAUAUUAUGGCCGUCAUAUAAUGUAAGAAUGUGUUAAGCAAUUUAGAUUGUUUGAAAUAUGGGCGAUACUUUGUGGGAAGACCGCGAUGUACGCUUUGACAUCACUUUGCAACAAAUGAAAAUGAGAAAUGGAGAGGUGCAAAUUGACAAGCUAGAUUCAGUAGAGGACACAAAGGGAAAUAAUGGUGACAGAGGACGGUUGAUUGUUACAAACCUACGAAUUAUAUGGCACUCUCAAACAAUGCAACGUGUCAAUCUUUCUGUUGGAUUUGGAUGUAUCGUUAAUCUCUCAACAAGAGUUGCAACAUCAAAACUUCGCGGCCAAACGGAAUCUCUGUACCUUUUGACGAGGUGUAAUCACACAAGAUUUGAAUUUAUUUUUACUAACCUGGUGUCAGGAAGCCCAAGAUUAUUUUCGACUGUGAUGUCAGUUUUUAGAGCUUAUGAAUCAUCGAAACUAUAUCGUGACUUAAAGCUGCGGGGUGCUUUGAUUGAAAACAAACAACUUCGUAUUCUUCCUCUGGAACAAGUCUAUGACAAGAUCAAUGGUGUAUGGAAUUUAUCAAGUGACCAGGGUAAUCUUGGCACAUUUUACAUAACUAACGUACGCUUGGUCUGGCAUGCAAACAUGAAUGACAGUUUCAAUGUCAGCAUUCCUUAUUUGCAAAUGAAAUCUGUUCGUAUUCGGGAUUCAAAAUUUGGGCUGGCGUUGGUCCUGGAGACAUCGCAACAGAGCGGCGGGUACGUCCUUGGUUUCCGUAUUGAUCCUGCAGAAAAGUUACAAGAUGCUGUCAAAGAAAUUCAGAGUCUUCAACGGGUUUAUAGCGCUAGUCCUAUAUUUGGAGUGGAAUUCGAGGCAGAAGAGAGGCCACAUACUCUACAAGAAGCAACAGUUGACCCAGUACUCGAUGAUAUUGAGAUAACCAGUGAAGGCGAAGGAACUGAUGCAUUUGCAGCGUAUUUUGCAGACGGAGACAAGUCUAAAGACCGCGAGCCUGAAUAUAAUGCCGAACUUGGGUUGGCAAUAGAGAAAUUGAAAGAUGGAUUUACAUUACAGGGCCUUUGGGAGGUUGUGCCAAGUUGAUUUUCAUGUUUUUCUGCCAAAAAAUGUAAAUUGUCCCAUGAUGUAAAUAUGGAUGUUUUCCUAUUAAUAUAUUAAAUAAUUUAAUUAUAAGUGCAUGGACAGUGCAUGUUUACAUAAAACAACAAAACAUGUAGUAGCAUCUUCGCUAUAAGUUGGUUUAGCUGCAACUGUGCAUCUACAGGGGCGUUCUAAAGAUAUAUAAAAGCACAUGCAUGUUUUGUAUAUGCAAGCAAAACAUGCGAUAAGGAAUGGGAAGUAAAACAUAAUAACAAAACACCUGCUUUCGUUGCCAAAACAAUCAAGAGGAACUUAGGCAUGGGAAUUUCUGAAUAAAUGAAGAUGUUAACAUUAAAAUAGAAAUUUAAAUUUCAAAUAUUAACCAAGUUAACGGAUGCAUGCAUUGGUAACUAUAUAAUAAGGAAUUGGGAUGUUAAAUGUCAUUGACAUUUAAUUAUGUCAUAUAUAAGAAGAGGAGAAAACGGCGCGCCUCAGAAAAGAACAGACGGCUCAAAUUUCCUGAUGAGUACCAAGGGUGAAAUAUUUCGUAACAGCCUCUGUGUUGUGGUUAACCACUGCCCACAAAGUAAAAUUAUCUGUUCUUCUUCUUUGGUGAAUUUCCGUCUUUUCUAUCGUUUUUUUAUUGGUAUUCGUAUACGUAACACACAAAAUACAGUACUGUGCAUAGGCCCCCAGUCAAAU